CUGGAUAAUCUCGAGUGAUUGUAAGUGUGAUGAUCAUCUGCUAAAUGAGCAACAACGACCACAAUUCACUCCUUCAGUCAGUGAAGCUCCCACAGCCGUUCAUGAGAGUUUAAAUGCUGGGGAAUAUUCCCAUCUUCCCACAGGAGAAGAAGAAGCAAGCAGGAGGAAUUACUCCAGGAGAAACUACGGACAUACUAUUGUAAAGAUGGAGAUUAAGGAAGAACCCUGCAGAAUAAAAGAUGAAGAUACAGAGGAACAAAUAGAUGGAAAUGCAGUGAUUUCACAGACUGAAGAGAAUUUCACACAGAAACAAGCUGGAAAAUCUGGAGUCAAAGGAUUUUUCACCUGCUCUGAGUGUGGAAUGUUUUACGUGCACAAAUCAGACCUUAAUAAACACAUGAAAUCUCACACUGGAGAAAAUCUGUUCACAUGCACUCAGUGUGGAAAGAGUUUCACAUGUAAAUCAACUCUUAAAAGACACACGAGAGAACACACUGGAGAAAGGCCUUAUACAUGCUCUCAGUGUGGAAAGAGUUUCGUUCAUAAAGGACACCUUAAGAUACACAUGAGAGUUCACACUGGAGAAAAACCAUUCACAUGCUCUCAGUGUGGAAAGAGUUUCAGUCGCAAAGUUCACCUAAAUGGUCACAUGUGGAUUCACACUGGAGAAAGGCCUUAUACAUGCUCUCAGUGUGGAAAGAGUUUCAGACAAAAAAGAAACCUAGAAGAUCACAUGAGGAUUCACACUGGAGAAAGCCCUUAUACAUGCUCUCAGUGUGGAAAGAGUUUUACAUGUAAAUCAACUCUUAAAAGACACACGAGAGAACACACUGGAGAAAGGCCUUAUACAUGCUCUCAGUGUGGAAAGAGUUUCGUUCAUAAAGGACACCUUAAGAUACACAUGAGAGUUCACACUGGAGAAAAACCGUUCACAUGCUCUCAGUGUGGAAAGAGUUUCAGUCGCAAAGUUCACCUAGAAGAUCACAUGAGGAUUCACACUGGAGAAAGGCCUUAUACAUGCUCUCAGUGUGGAAAGAGUUUCAGUCAAAAAAGAAACCUAGAAGAUCACAUGAGGAUUCACACUGGAGAAAAACCGUUCUCAUGCUCUCACUGUGGGAAGGCCUUUAUUACAUCAGGUGCAUUAAAACAACACCAAAGAAAUCACACUGGAGAGAAACCGCAGUGCUCUUCAUGUGGGAGGAGUUUCACCCAAUUAUCUACACUACAGAAACAUAAGAAAAAGCAUUGCCCGAAGGUGUCUAAGUGA